GUGACAGAGUCAGUCAGAUAUACUCCAGUAAAGCUCCACCUCUUCCUGUACGCAGACAGACACUGAGGACAGCACAUGUGAGACAUCAGAGCAGACAGCAGACAGACGGGCAGAGAGACGCUCUACCUGGACAUGGAUCACCUGUUGGUGCUGUUGCUGUUGCUGUGGAGCUCAGCACUGCAGACUGAAGGAACACCCAACUCAACAGAGUCUGAGGAGGUCAGGUUGGUGGGAGGAGACAGUCGCUGUGCAGGAACACUGGAGCUGAAACAUAAUGGAGACUGGAGACCAGUGGAGGGCUCAGGCUGGACCCUGAAGGAAGCAAAUGUUGUCUGUAGAAAUCUGGACUGUGGUUCUGCUGUUUCUAUAGGAGAGAGAAAGGAGUCUUCAGACAGACCUGUGUGGUUGAUCACCUCUGACUGUGUUAACUAUGGAUCUUCUCUGAGGGACUGUGCAUCAUCAUAUUCCUCUUCCUCCAUCCUGAAUCUCACCUGUUCAGACUCUGUCAGGCUGGUGGAUGGGACUAGUCUGUGCUCAGGCAGACUGGAGGUGAAGUCUGACCAGUCUAACCAGUGGUGGUCCUCAGUGUGUGAAGAUGACUUUGACCAGCAGGAUGCAGAGGUGGUCUGUAGGGAGCUCGGCUGUGGGGCUCCUUCAGUCCUCCAGGGGGCGCUCUAUGGAGAAGUGGAGGCUCCAAUGUGGACCAAAGAGUUCCAGUGUGGAGGCCAUGAGUCUGCUCUCCUGGACUGUAGAAGCUCAGGCUCAGCUAGAAACACCUGCUCACCUGGAAAAGCUGUUGGACUCACCUGCUCAGAGUCUGAGGAGUUCAGGUUGGUGGGAGGAGACAGUCGCUGUGCAGGAACACUGGAGCUGAAACAUAAAGGAGACUGGAGACCAGUGGGGGGCUCAGGCUGGACCCUGAAGGAAGCAAAUGUUGUCUGUAGAAAUCUGGACUGUGGUUCUGCUGUUUCUAUAGGAGAGAGAAAGUCUAAAUACAGACCUGUGUGGUUGAUCACCUCUGACUGUGUUAACUAUGGAUCUUCUCUGAGGGACUGCGCAUCAUCAUAUUCCUCUUCCUCCAUCCUGAAUCUCACCUGUUCAGACUCUGUCAGGCUGGUGGAUGGGACUAGUCUGUGCUCAGGCAGACUGGAGGUGAAGUCUGACCAGUCUAACCAGUGGUGGUCCUCAGUGUGUGAAGAUGACUUUGACCAGCAGGAUGCAGAGGUGGUCUGUAGGGAGCUCGGCUGUGGGGCUCCUUCAGUCCUCCAGGGGACGCUCUAUGGAGAAGUGGAGGCUCCAAUGUGGACCAAAGAGUUCCAGUGUGGAGGCCAUGAGUCUGCUCUCCUGGACUGUAGAAGCUCAGGCUCAGCUAGAAACACCUGCUCACCUGGAAAAGCUGUUGGACUCACCUGCUCAGAGUCUGUCAGGUUGGUGGGAGGAGACAGUCGCUGUGCAGGAACACUGGAGGUGAAACAUAAAGGAGACUGGAGACCAGUGAGGGGCUCAGGCUGGACCUUGAAGGAAGCAAAUGUUGUCUGUAGAAAUCUGGACUGUGGUUCUGCUGUUUCUGUAGUAAAGAGAAAGGAGUCUUCAGUCAGACCUGUGUGGUGGAUCGACUCUGACUGUGUUCAGUCUGGAUCUUCUCUGAGGGACUGUGCAUUACCAGUUUCCUCUUCCACCAUCCUGAAUCUCAUUUGUUCAUACCUGCUGGUUCGGCCCAACAUCUCUGUGUCCUCCUCCACGUACGGGGUCUCUGAGGCCCAGCAGCAGGAGUUUCGGGUGCUCAGGGGCUCCACCUUCACCAUCAGCUGCUCCAUCCAGCCACAGUACCCAGGAGGCUCCUUCCAGCUGACCUUCACCUCCUCCAACACAACGCACAACUACACCCAGCCAGCUGUCAAUCACUCUGCCCACUUCCUGUUUCCUGCUGCAGAGCCCGCCCACCAAGGAAACUACAGCUGUGUUUAUCACGUCUAUGUUUUCUCUCAUAACUUCUCCUCUGAGAGCCGUCUGCUCUCUCUCACUGUCUCAGAUCCAUCAGUUCAUCAUCACUUCAUCAGAGUGGUCCUCCUGCUGCUGACUCUGCUGUUGGUGAACACUGCCCUCUGUUGCUGCUGUAAGGCCUGCAGGGGGCAGAAGCCGGGCAGACAGGAGAACAUUGAGCUGGAUGAUUAUAACCUGGGUGUUCCUGCAGCUGGAGGAGGGCCGACUGAAGAGGAAGGAGCUCAGGGAGCAGAGUAGGUCCUCCAAGGAGCUCCUCUCACAUCCACAUGGAUUUCACAGCUGACACACAGCCAUCAGCUCAGUCAAGGAUUUUACAUUUUUAGAUAACGUCAGACAAAGAUCCACGUGAAAACAUAAAUCCCACCUGUUCCCUUCAGGCCUCCCUCCAAAACCACUCCCUGAAAACACAUGAACACAUAGUGGCCGACUGCUGCAUCAUUAACAAUCAUUUCAUUCAGACUGAAUCCAAUCACUGGCUGAGCUCAUUACAGCAGCCACAGAGACCAGAUUGUCUCUCAGAGCAUUUUAUUGAUUCAUUGUUGUCGGGAUGUAAAAAGAAUUUCAACAAAUACAACAAAAAGAUUCCUCUGAAAUACCUACCCUAGCUUUAAGGAUGUUGGUUAGUUUUACAAUUAAGAAUUUUACUUAUUUUGUGUGAAUUUUGUUUGUGUUUGUUUAUUUUACUUGUUUCAGAUCAAUUUUGUUAACACUCUUAAUGAAGGAUUUUGCUUAUUUUUGCCUAUUUUGUAUGGAGGCCCUUAGGGGGACAUGGGUUUAGUUUUGUGUCCCUGUGAUAAAUAUUUGGAGUGUAAAAAAGCUCUUUAAAGUAAAACCCAAGGGUCAUCGUUGUUUGGGAAAUAUCAAACCAAAGCUACGGAGAGUUUCACAGAGUUUCAUUCUGACCUUGGACUCAAACAUAAAGACAUUAUGUCAGAGUUCGAGUACUUUUUCCACCGAGAAUAUCUCCCUUUCACCAACAGUCCUCUUCGGCUGUCUUUCACUGAUUUGAAAACCAUGACUAGAACCAAGCACUGACGUAAUGUCUCAGCUAUGAGCCUCUCCAUUGCUUUGGUUUGCUGCUUCCAGAAGUUAUUUUUUUAACAAAUAUUUCUCUAUGCAAAAGUGUUUUUUUCUCCCCCAUGUCCCUUAAGGGCCGCUGUAGUUUUGUAACUAAGGAUUUUGUUUAUUUCAUACAGAUUUUGCUUAACCCCUCGUGACUAACGACUAAAUACAGAAAUGGCUGAAUCUCAAAAACUAUAAGGAGUUAUAUCAAAUACUUGGUACCACUGGAUUCAACUUCAGUUAAAGCUGCAGUCCGUGUACGUCGGGGAGUGCCGCGGCCGCAUUAUGAGCCAGUAUAUCACACGUAAAUCAGAUGAAGAUUACUGUACAAAGCUUACUUCCUGUUUCCAGUAGGUGGCACUGUGACUAUGACUGAAUAUUGGCAAGUAAAUGUUUUCAGGCCAAGACUCUCAUCAAACACAUGAAAUUUGAAUAUUGCAAAAACUGCUGCAUAAUUGCACAUUCAAUUCAAAAUGGCCGACUUCUUGUUGGGUUUGGGGCAUGGCUCCAAGAGGCUUUUUUGUACGUUUGGUCGUGAUACAUGUGCGUACCGAUUUUCAUGCAUUCCGGUAAUACGUGCCGCGGGGGGCUGCAGUUUAACGGCACUGUGGAGCCAUUAUAUGAGAUGGAAUGACACGUACAUUUUCACUAACGCCAACUUUUGUGCCACAUUUCAUAACUUCAGUUAAGACAAAUCAUAAUUCCCUCAGUGGUCGCUGCUCGGGCCCCAAUAAUAUGUACUUUGAUCCAGAGCCAAUCUGAUAUUUAACAAAUGUUUUACUCAUUCUUGUGAUUUUUCAAAAUAAAAUGACAUUUGUCUACCUAUCGGGGAAAAUUUAUAUGUGAAAUCAAACAUUUGGAUUUUGCUGUGUGCAGCCACAUGUCUCCACAGUUUCCACUGCAGAUUUUGUGUUUCCACCUCGAACAGAAAGAAUUCUGUGGAGAUUUUCCUUAAAAUAUAAUCGUUAGUCGUUAGUUGGUUACGGAUUCAGGUUAUUUCAUAGAUGACUGUAAUGCAGGGGUCUCAAACUCACACUGUCUUGGGGCCACUGUUGGUAUUGUUAUCUCCGGGUCAACGUUCAAGUAAGAAAGUGUAAUAUUCUGAAACUGUUUCCAUUACUACAAACAAUGCAAACAGCAGUUUCUAUACAGUUUUAUAUCAUUCUUGUUGUUUGCAGUCAAAUGAGCUUUUCCAUUAUUUUGCACUAACAAAAUAUAUUUUUAAAUAGAAUUGUGUUUUUAUUGUAAUUGUAUAUGAAGGGGUAGUUUAAAUUGAUGUGAAAUAACCAGAAAAAAAUAUAUUUUUUAAACUGAUUAUCUUAUCGGUCAGAUUAUAUUAUAGUUUCGACGUCAUGUCUGGGGCCUGAGGGAGGGGAUGGAGGGCCAGAAAUGGGCCCCGGGCCGGCAGUUUGAGACCCCUGCUGUAAUGAAUGUAUCACCAUCAUCUACUAUGU